CUGGGCUCUGCUCGCUGAGGGUGCCGAAUAAAGACCGCUCCGUUCGCGACACCGUCGCCAUGACCAUUUGUCAGUUCUUCCUGCAAGGCCGCUGCCGCUUCGGAGACCGGUGCUGGAACGAACAUCCCGGCGCCAGGGGUGCGGGCGGAGGACGGCAGCAGCAGCCCUCAGGUAGUAACAGACGAGGAUGGAAUACCACCAGUCAGAGAUAUUCCAAUGUUAUCCAGCCAUCCAGUUUCUCCAAGCCUACACCAUGGGGGGGCAGCAGAGAUCAAGAAAAGCCAUCUUUUGCUGCUUUUGAUUCUGGAGAGUCUGCUAGCAAGAACAGGGGAUUUGGCUUAUCUCAGAACCCAUUUGCUUCACCUGGCUCUGAUGACCAGAAAGAUGAUAAGAAGCUUCUGGAAGGUAUUGUUAAAGAUAUGGAGGUUUGGGAAUCAUCAGGGCAGUGGAUGUUUUCUGUUUAUUCACCGGUGAAAAAGAAACCGAAUAUUUCAGGUUUUACAGACAUUUCACCAGAGGAGUUGAGACUUGAAUACCAUAACUUCUUAACCAGCAAUAACUUACAGAGUUAUCUAAAUUCUGUCCAGCAGUUAAUAAAUCAGUGGAGGAACAGGGUGAAUGAACUGAAAAGUCUAAAUACAUCAACUGCAAUAGCUUUGCUGUCCGAUUUACAGGAUGGAAUGAAUCAAGCAGCACCUUCAUUUGGAUUUGGCAAUAGGCAAACAGUAACAUUUGGGUCACCAGGUUUUCCAGUGAAUAACAGCAGCAGCAACAGUGCUCAGAAUUUUAGUUUCAAACCAAGCUCUGGAUUUGCUACAGCCUCUUCUGGAAGCCCUCCUGUGUUUGGGAAUACUCCUGCAUUUGGAGCUGUACCUGCUGCCAGUUCUGCCAUCACUGCUGCUACUCCGACUUUUGGCCUUAGGAAACCCGAAAUCACAUCUGCUUCUUCAUUUUCAUUUAAAACCCCUGCAGCUUCUGGUUUUGGGUCAUCUGGAUUUUCAGGAUUUUCACCUUCUAUGGCAGCAAGCCCUGUUGGAUCUCCAGUGGCCCCAGCCUUUGGAAAUGGCAGUUCUGCAGCUGGUUUUGGUAGUCCAGGCUCACAGCCUCACACUGCUUUCUCUAAGUCAUCCAGUGACACCUUUGGAAACAGCAGCGUACCUGCCUCUCUCUCAUUCUCGCUUGGCAGUACCACAACAGAUAAUGCAUUAUUCACACCCAAGGAUCAACUAACAGCAGAAGAACUGGAACAAUUUCAAUCCAAGAAAUUUACUCUGGGAAAAAUUCCAUUAAAGCCACCACCUGUGGAACUUCUAAAUAUUUAAAAGGACAAUUUUAAAUACAGAAAAAAAAAACCAGCUUUUAAAAUUGUUUUGAGUGGUUCAU